GGGCGGCCAUGGCGGCCCUGAGGGACAGGGGCGGGCGCUGCGGAGCUGGGGGGCUGCGGGCAUGGGCAGGGUCCCACUGCAGGGCUUGACGUGGAGUCCCAGCCGCUCAGCAAAGAGGCUCAGCCAUGGCAGACAAAGCCAAGCCCAAGGGGGGCAAAGGGAAGUCCAAGAAGAAGGAGAAGGCGGCGGUGAAGGAGGUGGACGUGCUCAGCCCCCCCGCCAUGCUCAACGCCUACUACAUCGCCCACAACGCUGCUGCCUUCCUCGAGUUCCGGGGCUACCCCUGGCCUGGCUCUCCCAAAAAGAAGGGGAAGAAGAAAUGAGGGCCAAGCUCCCUGGUGCAGAAGAGGCUGGUCUGUGAUUAAACUCGUCCUGACCUCGGCA